UUUAAAAUAUAAAAUAAUUGAUGUGGAGGGGGGUUAAGUGUUACAAAUGAUACUUUAAGGGUGUAAGUGUUACAUGAGCUAUACUUCAGAGGUGCAAAGUGUAUUUAGCCCUUUAAUUAAGUUAUCUAAAAGAAGUAAUUAAAACUUGCAAGAGAAAAUGUCAUAAACCUUUUCAAAGAAAAAAAUAAACAAGAUUGAAACCUCCUUGUUCUGAAGAACAAGUGAACAAUCUGUUUUUGUUUGGCCAUGAUUAUCAAGUGGGGUGGUGUAUGUUAUAGUGCAAAAUGCCAGUAGAAGUAGAUUGAGGAGUAAAGCAAAGUCUUUGAAAAUUAUAUAUACUUACCCUUCAAGUGUAGAAAAUGUAACAUGUCCUUUCAAGCCAAGCCAUAUCUUAUUCCCAUACAAAUCCAAUUGCAAUUUGCUAACUCAAACCAUACUUAUAUAUUAUUAAUACCCCCUUCUAUUUCACUUGAUUUAUGCAAAUCUAGUAUUAAUCUAGCCAGAAAUUUGAAAGAAAAGAAAAAAACAAAUGAUGAACAAGUUACUAGUAUUCGUUAGCUUUGUUUUGGUUUGCCUUACAAGUGUGAGUGCAAGUGCAGGCAAAGACUUCUCAGAGAGUUUUGAGAAUUUCACAGAGCUUGAAGACGAGUUGGAAGGUGGACGAAUGGAUUCGGUGUCUUGGGGAAGUGCGCAUGUGAACAAAGUAAUUGUGAAUGUAGAUGGAUUUGGUGCUGUUGGAGAUGGUGUUUCUGAUGAUACUCAGGCAUUUGUCAAUGCAUGGAACAAGGCUUGUUCCACGGAUAGAUCUGUUCUCUUGGUUCCUCAAGGCCGUCGUUAUUUAGUCAAUGCAACAAGAUUUAGAGGACCUUGUUCUGACAAGUUUGUGAUCCAGAUAGAAGGGACCAUUGUAGCGCCUGAUGAGCCCAAAAGUUGGGAUCCAAAGAACCAGAGAAAUUGGCUUAGUUUUUACAAUUUAACAAAAGUAUAUUUCCAAGGGAAUGGUGUUAUUGAUGGCUCAGGCAGCAAAUGGUGGGCGGCUUCUUGCAAAAAGAAUAAGACUAACCCAUGCAGAGGAGCACCAACAGCCUUAACCAUAGAUUUGAGCUCAGCAGUAAGAGUGAAAGGCCUCACAAUUCAAAACAGCCAACAGAUGAACUUUGUAAUAUCCCGUUCCAAUUCAGUUCGUGUGAUUGAUGUCAAAGUUUCAUCUCCUGAAGACAGUCCAAAUACUGAUGGCAUCCAUAUCACUGAUUCGACAACUGUACUUGUCCAGAACUGCAAAAUUGGGACCGGUGAUGAUUGCAUCUCAAUUGUGAAUGGUAGCUCUAAUAUCAAGAUGAAGAACAUCUAUUGUGGACCCGGUCAUGGAAUCAGCAUAGGUAGUCUCGGAAAAGACAACUCCACCGGCAUUGUUGAGAAGAUUGUGCUGGACAAAGCAUUUCUUAGAGGUGCAACGAAUGGCCUUAGAAUCAAGACUUGGCAGGGAGGAUCUGGUUAUGUGCGGUCAGUACGCUAUCAAGACGUACGAAUGGAAGAUGUCUCAAACCCAAUAAUCAUAGACCAAUUCUAUUGUGAUUCACCAACUUCUUGUCAAAACCAGACUUCAGCAGUGGAAAUAAGCCAAAUCAUGUACCGCAACAUAACAGGGACAUCGAGAAGCCAAAAGGCCAUGAAAUUUGCAUGCAGUGACAGUGUCCCUUGUACUCACAUAGUUCUCAAUAACAUCAACUUACAGAAGAGUGAUGGCACUGUCGAGACUUACUGCAACUCUGCUGCAGGAUUCGGUUAUGGAUAUAUUCAACCUUCUGCAGAAUGCCUUUCAUCUUCUGAUAAGGAUGCAACUAUCAUACCUAAUAAAGAAGCAGAUUUUAUCCAAAGUACGGAGCAUCUCAUUCACACGGAGUUAUAAAAGCUUACUGAUUUAUUACAUCAAUAGUAUUGUAUUUGCUUCCGCCACUAUUUGGGACUCUUAGGUGCCAUAAAACUUAUUCCAUUCAGUUUGUAUAGCAAUAGACUAUCACAACAUAUUUUGAACAUCAAAGAAUUUCAUGUAAUGUUUCUCUAUAUAGGAGUUGCAAUAGAAUGAGAUUGAUUGAUUGCAAUAAAUUUCUGUUCCUUUUA